GGAGGGAGCCGCUGAGCGCUGAAUCUGCUGCCUGCUGCUUCAUGUCGAUGAGGCUUUGCACAGACACAACCUGCCGCUGAAUCACUGUCGGGACUUUUUUUUUUUUUUCAGUGUGUGAACGGCGUCGUGUCUGUAUAAUGUCGCCGCUGAGGACGCGCAGCUGAAUGUGAAUCUAGAGGAUCCAGCCGGUAGUUAGAGAGGAGGUGAACGCACCUUGCAUCCAGCCAUGGGAGGUCAGAUCACCAGGAAUACCUUCUACGAUUCUCUGAACGGGCCAUUUCCCACCACGUCUCACAGAUGCCACCACAAGCCCAAACGAUGCCUGCCCAUUCAGCCGUGUGGAAGCUUGUCCUCGUUCCCUCUGCUCUUCCACCCCAGCACCAAGGGCUCGCAGAUUGUCAUGGACAUGUCCCAGAGGACCGUCAAGAGACAGGCCAGCUUCUGUAACGCCAUCACCUUCAGCAACCGACCGACCGCUGUGUAUGAGCAAGUUCGACUGAAGAUCACUAAAAAGCAGUGUUGCUGGAGCGGCGCUCUGCGUCUCGGUUUCACAUCCAAAGACCCGUCGAGGAUCAACCCAGACACCUUGCCCAAGUACGCCUGCCCCGACCUGGUCUCCCAGAGCGGUUUCUGGGCAAAAGCCCUGCCAGAGGAGCUCUCCAACGAGGGAAAUGUCAUCGCGUUCUGGGUGGACAAGAAAGGCCGGGUGUUUUACCGCAUCAACGACUCCAGCCCGAUGCUGUUCUUCAGUGGGGUGCAGGUCUCUGAGCCUCUGUGGGCUCUCAUAGACGUCUACGGCCUCACCAGGGGGGUCCAGCUGCUAGACAGCGAGAUGGUCCCCCUGGACUGCCUGCGUCCUCGUUCUUUUGCUGCCGCCCACCGGGCCUCCAUUCAGCGAAACGGUGAUGACCCUCGCCUCUCCAUCAGCCUGUGUGACCUGAGCUUGCAGCAGCAGGAGACGCAUCUGGAGGAAGAUGAUGAGGAAGAAGAGCGGCUACAACGCUUAAGCUCCGCCUCCUGCCAUGUGCCCCAGAACUCUCAGAACUCGCAGCAGUGCUCGCUGCUGCCCAGCCAUUUGGACACCGAUCUGCACUUCCACUCGGUGCACGGCGUCCAUGUCACCGUGCUGGACAAGCACACGGUGGCUCGGCUGGAUCACCGCGGUGACGAGAGGAUCCUGGUGUUCACCAGCCGGCCAAUGCGCUGCUCAGAGACUGUGUAUGUGAAGGUGAAGGCAGGUGUCACACGGCCUGGGUCUCUCUCGUACGGUGUGACAUCGUGUGACCCGGCCAGUCUGAGGCCCAGUGACCUCCCGUCCAACCCAGAGUCCCUGGUUGACCGAAAGGAAUUCUGGGCCGUGUGUCGGGUGGCCGUGCCACUCCACAGUGGGGAUAUCUUGGGCUUUGUGGUGAACGCAGAAGGGGAGGUCAUGAUGAGCCAUAACGGCGUCAGUGCAGGGAUGCAGCUGUGUGUCGAUAAUUCCAGACCACUCUGGAUGUUCUACGGUCUGCACGGCACCAUCACACAACUCAGGAUUUUAGGCUCAUCUCCACACCCUGACCUUCGAGGCCCGUCAGUGCCCAGCUCUCCAUCCUGUACACCCAACACCCCCACGAUGCUUUGCAGCGGCAACUCCGAGCCCAACCUCAACACACCCAUGAACAUCAACCUCAACUCGAGCCUCAACUCCAGCUACUACACCGUCUUUUCCUCCUCCACAGGUACAACCCCAAGCUCUCCAUUCUCCAGCCACCCAGAGUCCCCCACUUUCCCAUCCUGCUCGGGCUCGUGGAGCGACGAAUGCACCAUUUGCUACGAAAACGUGGUGGACACGGUCCUCUACGCCUGCGGACACAUGUGUCUCUGCUACGCCUGUGGCCUCAAACUCAAGAAGAUGGCCAACGCAUGCUGCCCCAUCUGCAGGAGAACAAUCAAAGAUAUCAUCAAGACCUACCGGAGCACGUAGACUUGUGUUAGAUGAUGUAAUCGUAUCGUCAGGUUCAGCUCAAGAGGUUUGUCAAAGCCAUGUAAAGACUUAGUAACGACGGACGCAGCACAACUGAAAGCCCUGCUUGUUUGUGUGUGCAAUCUGGCUCAGGUACUCUACAGCAGGACUUUAACCUCCAUCAUUAAACAUUUUAUCUAUGUUUUGUCUAAUGCACAUUCUUGGAGAGCUCACAGUUCUGACCUGUGAGCUCUCAGUAAGAUUCAACAUACAAUGUGAUCAACAGAGACAAAGUAUGUGCUACUGCAGGAACUGCAGACAGGAUCGUGACCUACUAUUGUCCAGCGACUCUGUGAUUUGUGCAUCUGUAGAAGAGAAAGAGUAAUCUGAGGAGGCAUGUGUCCUACUUCCUGCAGAGUAUCCCUUCGUUCUGCUGGUGAUAGCAUGGCUGCUAGCUAGUUUUACAAGAAGUGAAAUUGUCCAGAGCUGCGGAAGAAACAAGGAGAAUAAAUAUGUGGUUUCACCAGCUGCUCCUCCGCUGCUUGUCAGAGUGCAUUGGGUUUAAAAGUGUUGUUUUAGAGUAAGAAUCAGUUCUCUACUGAAUCUUAGCAAAAAUCAACACGAGAUCGUUUCAUUUGACAUUUCCCGAAUAUUUCCAGAGGCCAGUGAGGAAUGAGUAAAAAGAAAAAGAGUUUUCGUGGUGAGAACUUUGCAGCCCUGCUAAAAUGAGCUGUAUUUUGAAUGCAUAGAGAAAAAUACUCCUCCUGCAAUAAAACACAACAGAAUGCCUAAAUCUAAAGGGUAAAGAAUAAAUAAGUAAAAUGUUUUGUCUGAUAUCUCACUUCCUGCUGUGCUUCUGUGAAUUUCAGGCCAGGCGAGAUUGUGCGAAGGGUGAAAAAAGUGUGAACGUUGUCACCAUAGAAGGUCACACUCACGGUGAAUGAGGAUGUAAAUCAUUGAAGGGGGAGCGAGGCAGGAGGUAGGCGAGAGGAUGUUGUAUGUUUGGGACAGAGACAGCGGAGGAAGGGGUACCUUUGUGGCGUGGGUCUGCACAUCGUUUCGGCGCAAAGAAAGUGUUUGCUCACUCAGGCACACCCCAUACAUCAGAAGUUUGUAUGAAAGCCUGUAAGAUGUGGGACUUGCAUGAGUUGCAUGUCCUGCUUCCCGGCGGCCGCCCCCGCCGUCUCUGGCUGCUCAGUAAGCCGGCUGGAUGCUGUGAUUGGACUAAAGUCAUCCAAAUAAACAUUGGUGGGCAGUGAGGUAUUUUUAAAAUGCUGAACGAGCACAUAAAGGAUGACGAAUAAAGCUCUUCAUCAUCGCAAGAAACACAUUAACCCACUAUAAGUCAGAGAUGGCUUUGCUUACUUCAGGUUACACACUUCUCUUUCAUAUGUACAUUAAAAAUAAAAAUAUUUGCUUUCAGUGACGUGUUUCAGCACCCUGUCUUCAAGUGGAAAAAAAUCACACGAGUGCAGUCGGUGACAAGGGUGUAGCUUGUUAUUGUGGGACAUUGUGAGAAUUUAAUUUGCAUAUCAGUUUCUGAAUGCUGCUCUCUCGUCUGUAAAAGCAAACUCCAAGGACAUUUUCAUUCGACUAAUCUCAUGCAUUAUGUACUGCUUUGAAUUGUUGAGAAAUACAAGCUAUUUUCAGGUGUUACUUUGGCCUCGCUGAAACAUUACGCAGUAAUUUGUAAAGUGCUGAUUUGUUUUCUUUUCAAGGUGUUGAAGCGUGUCAUCUCGCCGCUGUGGAGGGAAAAUUAGCAGUUAUGUUUAACAUUUGAGUCACAGUUACGUUUUCUUGUGUGCCUUUAAAAAGAGAAGUCUGGACAAGCUUUUGGUCUGCCGGGCUCCUCACUGUGAAAACCAGGAAGUUCAUCUUAAUUUCAUCUUAAAGUCACUAUUUCGUGGUCUCUGAUGUGAGCAGGUGUAACCACACAAUCUAGCGAUACAAACAUUUCAGUGUGCUUAAUAUCAGUGUGUGACUUUAUUCACUGCUAAAGAUGAAAUGUUUAAAUAUCGCCUUGUCCCCUCUCUGUCACUGCAUUGCAUUAUACUGGAAUUUUGUUGUUGCUUGAGAGACGCUCAGCCUUUUACAUUUCUACCUGUUUUUGUUUUUCCUUCCUGACCAAAUAUGACCUAGCAGAAAUAAACCAUUUGUGAAACAUUUUUGAUAGAAAAGUGGUAUUGAUGAGUGUAAUAUCAACUGUACAUUAUGAGGUCUAUUUAUUUUGUCAAUGCUACUAUAAAGAAUUAUCACUGUUUGUUUUAUAUGUAUGGCUAUAGUGUCCAAAAUGAAAAUAUAUUGUUUAUUUUGUUGUUGCAUAGGAUUAUAGGAAACUCUUUCCCCAGUGAAAGGCUCUGUGGAUCUGUCCGCUGGUUUUCUCUCAAAGGAAUGGUUUGACAUUUUUGGAAAUAUGCAUAUCAUAGAUGAGAAUAACAAUAAUAAUGAUAAUGCAUCUUAUUUAUAGGCGCCUUUCAAAGCACUCAAGGACACCUUACAAGACAGAAAAAAGCAGCAAUGUAUCCAUACAUCAUAAAAUCAAUCAUUUCAGUAAUAUACAAUAAAAGUUAAUAAAAUGACUAGAAAAUAAAAUCCUUAUAAUUAUCCUAAAUAUAAAUAUUAGGCAUAAAAUUGGCAUCAGUGCAAGUCUCAAUAUGUGUGUCACCAUAAAUCAGACUAAAUAUGCCAGCUUGACGGGAUUUUAAAGUGGAUGCCACUCACAUUUACUCAAGUACUGUAAUUAAGUACAAUUUUGAGGGACUUGUAUUUCCAAAUUAUACUACUUUAUAAUAGUACUACUUAUAGUUUUUUAUCUGACAGCUGUCGUUACUUUGUGGAUUAAAAUUUUACACCCAACACACAUCUUAUAAAAUAUGACACACUGUUACAGAAUACAGUACUCAAAAGAACACAGUGAUUAAAAUGAUCUUUGACCCUGCUAAAACACUGAAAUACUGCACGAGUAAAAAUGAUCGCAAUAUUGUGUAUAAUAAUAUAACACUGACGGUAGUACUUUCACUUUUGAAACUUCAGGGCAAAUAAGUGCAAUGUGUACUUUUAUUUAAGCAAAUUCUGGAUGCAUACUUGCAGAGUAUUUUGACAUUGUGUUAUCAUCGUGUAAAUUAUACGGUACUGUGCGACUAUAAAAUAACAAUGUAUCAAAUGACCGUGUAAAAAGUGAGACAAAAGUGUGAAAAAGGUCAUUGGUACUGAUGAACCUGCCGAGAAUUAUCACCCGAAACGGCAGACAGACACUAGCUGGGCAACAUAGUGGAGCGUUUGGUUGGUCUUUGUGGUAUUUGUCACGCCCUUCCUUCACUGUGAUUGGAUGGCUGAAUAACCUGUAGUUGAAUGUCUUUCAGUUCCUGGCUAUCAGAAGAAAAAAAGACAACACCAAACAUGCAAUGCUCAGCACGAAAAAGAUGCUCAGCAUGUUGUCGUCAUGUCGCCGGCGUAGUGUCAAUAUGCAGCAAUCCCAUUGCAGAGAAUUAAAGAAAUAUACUGGCCUCAAAAUAAAUUAAUAAAUCCUUGGUGGACACGGCCCCUUAGGCAGCUAAAGAGCCAGAUAUUUCCCUCAGGAGUUGGUGGAGACCAAAAACAGAGUUUAAAUUUGAAGCGAAAUUCAGCAGCCAGCUAACUUAAAGUAGCAUAAAGACUGGAGACAGUCAGCCUGGCUAUUGUCCAGGUAACAAAAUCCACCUACCAGCACCAAAAGCUCACAACACCCUGGAGUCUCCACUGGUCUUUGCCAAAAAAAUAGUGUGUCCAAGUCUAAUACAUCACCCCCCUUAAAACAGCGACUUUUUUUAAACAUGCAAUGUGUAAUUUUGUGAGCAUUAGAGGUAUUUGUAAGAGGAUUUCGUUACCUUAAAAAAGUCUUUAUGCUAAGCUAACCCAAUGCUAGCGGUGGCCACUUAUUGGGCAAGUAUGGGAGUUGUAUAAUCUCUAUCAAGUCAACAUUAAUUUAUUACAUAAACAAUCAUACAAAGCACAGUGUGCAGUCAAAUGCUUUUAUGCCUAUCUCUAGAAAGCAACCAACAAAUAGGAAAAAAAAUAAAUAAAGAAAAAUGUUUCACAAAAGCAUACAAUGAAACUAUAUAAGAGCAACUGUAGAGAAAUGAGCAGUGAAACAAUGAAACAGUGUGACCAUGAUGACUUUAUAAAACAGAUACAACACAGUGUAUAUUCCAUGCUGUGUUUGGCAGGUGGAUGCAUUCAAUUAAUGAAUUCUGAAUUAUGAGUUAUGGCUGGUCAAAGUAAUUGAUUCAGGACUUUAGGAUGGCCUGAGGGAAUAUUUUUAUCCAACUCCUCACCAGAAAGCAAAUGAGCCUAUUUCCCAAGAUGUCAAACAUUUUCUUAAAUGCCAUAUACUGAAUUCGUGCUAUUUAAAGGGACUAAAUGUGUAGUUGGUGAAAUGAUGUUUGUCCUAUUUGUGCAUAUUUAAAUUCUAUCUUGAGGCGUGAACACACUUCUGACAGCCUGUUUUUCAAAUGUGACCAAAUAUUUGCAGUCCAACCAAAACAAAACCAGCAAGUAAGUGAAGGCAGACAUUGUGCAUUUUGGACAAGAGAAUCAGCUCAUAACUCGGGUUUCCUGGACUUGGGAUU